AUGGUUUUCCUCUGGAUCUGCUGUGCGGGGAUCUGCUUGCUGCUGCUCUGCGGGGGCUGCCAGCUCGAGAAGCCAGGGAUGGGUUUGAAGGAAGCAGUGAAGUCUGAAAAUGUUGUUGCAGCAGCCCUUGGGGGAGAGGCAAACCUCCAUUGCAACUUCACACUCACAAUGGAUGUUCUGCAAGUCACCUGGCAGAAGAGAAAUGGGUCUUUCUUUGAGAACAUAGCCACUUACAGCCCAAACUGGGGGGCGAGACUGAUCGGGUCAUUCCAAAAGAAGGCAUGGUUCAGCAGUGCAGCACUGAAAGCCUCAGCAAUCACAAUCCAAAAUGUCACAUUAGAGGAUGAAUCCUACUACAGAUGCAUCUUCAGUGUAUUCCCUCAUGGAUCUUUCAGCAAAGAUAUAUGCCUCAAUGUCCAAACAGUUUCUGGACUAGUAGUAGAGUAUGGACCACACCUCGUUAGUGAGGGCCUCSUCACCGCAGUCUGCUGGGCAACAGGAAAGCCUCCCCCCGAAGUCACCUGGCUGGGUGAUGGACAACAGCUUGAGCCCUCUGAAGUACACCGUGUUCUAAAUGUAAAUGGAACAGUAACGGUGGUAAGCAGACAUACCUUUCCUGCCCACCAUCUCCAAGCCAUGGUUUGCCUCCUGGACCAUCCUCAGGGAAGAGUAAUGAAGACAAUCUACCCAGAAAAAGAAAGUGAAGGUGUUCCGAAGAGUGUAAUCAUCAUGGCAGUUGUAACAACUCUGUCCUUCAUGAGCUCAACACUUUGCAUCAUGAAGCUAAUCAACAGGAGAAAAAAGCUGCAGUGUCGCAGAGCAUCCAGCACAACUGCAGAAAGCCAAGGCUUACACCAAGAUCCUGGGAAACAAGACCASAGCCUGCAUACCCAGAAGGACCAGCAUAAUGUUUAAUCGCAGUGAGAAGCAAACCCCAGGAUCUCCACUUCGCAAUAGGUCACCGCAUUUGGCAACCUGA